AGAAUGGCCCAGGCCCGUAGCUGAUAGCCCACCAACCAUUUUACCAACUUCGCCCACGGAGCCUAGAGGCGGUGGCGCGUGGCUCGCACGCCGGCGGAACCGAAGGAAAAGGAGCGCGCAUCGCCGGCCUCAUCCUCUUGCUGGUUCCGAAUUCGUCGCGGGGAAGAAGAGAACGAGAGAGCUCGAGGGAGAACGCCGAAGCCAAUCCAAUGUCGGACGCGUACGAGCGGGCGAAAGGCGGGAGGCUGACCUUCAAGGGCGGAGCCCUAGCGUCCCGCAGCAAGUCCAUCGACAAGAAGCACAAGAAGAAGCACAAGCAGAAGCCCAUGGACGCCGCCACCGCCGCCGCCGCCGCCGCCGAGGACGGCGAAAUCGAGCAGCCGCAGGCGGAGGAGGACGGCGGCGGCGGCGGCGACGGGGCGGCGGCGGCGGCGGCGGAGGCCGCGGGGGGCCAGGAUAUUUACACCAUCGACGCGGCGAAGAAGAUGAAGUACGAGGAGCUGUUCCCCGUGGAGGCGAAGAAGUUCCGCUACGACCCCAAGUUCAAGGCCAAGACCGUGGAGGACGCGCUCGACGACCGAGUGAAGAAGAAGGCCGAUCGGUACUGCAAGUGAAUCACCGUCGAGCGGAGUUUCAAGAUUCAGGAAACAUGUGCAAUGGCUGCUGAAGCUGCUGUUACUCUUAACUGCAACUGAAUUACUGAAUGUAUAGCAAACCGAUACUUGUCAUCCAAGUUUAGAUUGGGUUUGUGUUCUUUUGAAGGAUAUGGGAAGAGCAACCUUGCUAGUCAGUAAAAUAGUCGAUUACGCAUUCUCCUAAGACUCCGUUUCUGCAGUAUGGAGAGAGCUUCUGAUGGUUUAGAUUGUGCUUAGCUAAACACAUAGAUGACGUGCUUUUGCAUUGUGAUCGUGCUUUGUAUUGGACAAUGCAUUUGCUCAUAUUGACGUAAUUAUCUGGCCGUUGGCUCCCAUGCUGUUUUGCUCC